AGGGUUUCCUGAUUCACGUUGUGUGACAAAACCAAGGAGGAGAAUCUGGUGAAAUAUUACUCGUAUUAACAAACGUACUCUAGCUAGUUGUGUGCAAACUAACUCGUUGAAUUAAAAAGAUUAUUAUUUUUCGUUGGCACCUCAUUUAGAGUAAAUAAUUGUAAGGAUUUCUGCUUAUAAUGGCCGCUGUUGACAGCUUCCAGCUUUUGUAUAGAGAAAUUGCCAGAUCGUGCAGUUGUCAUUUGGAAACGCUGGCGUUUGUGGGUGCGUGUUACACAGCCAGCAAGGCUGUGAUAUUUAUGAGGGACUGCUAUAGUCUGAUAAGGCUUCACUUUAUUCCUCGUCUUGUCUCCCAUAGAGAUCUUAGUCAGCAGUAUGGACAAUGGGCUCUUAUAUGUGGUGCUUCAGAGGCAAUAGCAAAGGCAUAUGCAGAGGAACUGGCCAGGCAUGGCAUCUGUGUGAUUCUGAUCAGCAGUGACAUCAGCAACUUAGCUGACACUGCCAAAGCCAUUUCAGACACAUACGGGGUAGAGGCCAUUUUAAUUGAAGCUGAUUUCAGUCAGGGCCCCUCAGCCUGCAAACCUAUUAAAGAUGCCAUCAGCGGUAAAGAUAUUGGAGUUAUUGUUAACAGUCUGGAUGGAUCUCUGGACCUCUCUCAAGGCUUUAUGGACAUCUCUGAGUCUAUAUUGUGGGACACUAUCAAUAGAAAUAUAGUAGCUGCCACUCUUGUCACCCGUCUGGCACUGCCCAAUAUGGUGGAAAGGGGAAAAGGAGCAGUGGUCAACAUUUCUGAUGGGCGCUGCUUGUGUCCGACUUCCAGAAAGGCUGCUCUUUCUGCAUCUACGGUCAGAUCUUUACUCAUUUUCCAUCCAUUAGAGUACUGCCAUGACAAUGUAUUUUUGUAGACCAAUCAGGAAGUGAGCAUUACCAUGGUUUUCUUGUCAACUCCCCAACGGAAUUUUAUAGGAUUUUGGAUUAUUGCAGAAAAUAAGCUCUUUGACC